AUGGUGGUGGAAGACCAUAACAAUGGAUGGCCACCAAUUGGGUCUCCACUGAACACGCACAGAGAUGAGCAUUGGAGCAACUUUGAUAGCUCGGUCAAUGCAGUUUCAUUUGGGUUCGUAGCCACUGCCAUUCUCAUCUUCAUGUUCCUAGUCAUGGCUAUUUUUGAGAGAUUCCUCAGACCCACUUCGCCGGCCUUGUCGCCGUCCGGUCGCCGGAGACCCGGCGAUGUCGAGUCCCAGAUGGGUUUCAGUGGCAAGCUCGGUCACCCAUCACCAAAAAUGAGUUUAUAUGCAAGUGGGAUUUCAGUUCUGAUGCCUGGAGAUAACAUUCCUACAUUCAUUGCCCAUCCUGCCCCUCCCCCUUGUUGUCUAGAGCGGGUUUCAUGGCCUUCUCAUCAACAUAGCACAUUACCAAGUUCCACUUCCAACAACACCCUUCUUAAUAUCAAUGAAGUUUUGAGAGAUCUGAAUUAA